UUAGCCUGGCGCCGAAAAACAAACAACAACGGCACCAGGUAGACCUCUCUGGGGAGCACAUUCCAUAGAUGGGGCACCACCACAGAGAAAGCCACCGCAGUUCUGGUCAUAGCACCAGAAAGGAAUUGCAGAAAGGGCAACUAAAAUGAUCAAGGGCCUGGAGGAACUCUGUAAGAACAGGUUACAGCAGCAGAAAUAGUUUAGCUUAAAAAAGGUGAGCAAGGGGAGACAUGAUUAGAGGGGUACAAAAAUAUGUAUGGUAUGUUGAAGGAAGAUGGUGAGAUUUUCUGCUCAUAAUAGCCCAGGGUGAUCCGGUGAAGCUGAUAGGUAUAAAAUUCAGGACAGAUAAAAUGAAGUGCUUUUUCACACAGUACGUAAUUGAACUAUGGAAUUCACUUCCCCAUGAUGUUGUCAUGGCCACAGUUUGGAUGGCUUUAAAGGGGGAUUGGCCAGCUCAAGGGUAGCUGGUUAGCCACUGUGCCAUUAAAAUGCUGGUCUAGAUAGGAACUUUUUCUGUGAUCCAGGAUGAUUGCUGUUAUGGUCUUAUGAGGCUGUUUACAAUAUUAAGGAGAAAAACAAUGAGAAGUGUAAAAAUUAUGAUUUGUAUGUUUUAAGCCUCAUUGUCAUAAAUGUAUGGGGGAUAAGCAGUCCAGAUACUAUUGCCCAAGAUGGCUCAGAGUUCAAGAAGUCAAUUUUUACAUGUAAUAUGAAAUUGAAUGAAUUUAUUGCAAGAGUCAAUAGUCAUAGAUUCUGUAACAUAGAUCAGAAAGGUAAAGAUAAGUUAUCUAAAUUCCAAACAUGUUUCACUAUGGAUAUUGGGCCAUAAUAGUUUCUGGUUACCCUCACACAACCAGGAAUGUGGGCAUGCCUUUUAACUUUUGCCAGAACACCAUUGUGCUUAAUAUAGUACAAGCUGUACCUGAAAUUCACCAACAACUCACUAGUGGUUUUACCAACACCCAUCAGCCGCAACAAGGAUAGCCAGUGGUCAGGGAUACUGGGAGGUGGAGGAUACCAGAUUGAUGAUGGCUGGGCUACCAGUCUCCCAGAUCAGUUGUAUUUGCAGCACUCGGAGAUCUAAGUACUUUUGCAGUCUCUGUCUCUUUCUUGGUUCCACCAAAAUCAUUAUUCUCUCAUGCUGGUUUUUGUUUUGCUUUCGUUUUUAAACAGGAGAAUGUUUCCAUGUGGUUUCCCAGUAAUCCUUCCAUGGUUAUAAAGACAUUACUUUGCAAUUAAUGAAUGUUCCCUGGACAACUCCUCACACUGAUUCAUAGCAAGAGUGAAAUGUGGGGCAGCAGACUUUUUCUAAACAUUGAGUCCUUUAAUAGUAUAUAACACGGUGGGCAAGAAAGUAGGAGACUUCUGUGAGCCUGAAGCAACACUGCAAGGCUUCUUUGCCAAACUAGCUGGACCCCUGAAGAGAAGCAUGGUUGGGGGCUGAUGAUGUACCACAUGUUCAUUUCAACAGAGAAAGCCAAGUUGUUCAUUGGACGGUGUCUUCUCUACAACAGAUUUGACUUUGAACUAUUCAUCCAAGGGAAUCUUGAAAGAGAGUGCUAUGAAGAACAAUGUGAUUUUGAGGAAGCAAGAGAAUAUUUUGGAGACUUAAAAAAAACAAUGUCUUUUUGGAAGGAAUAUACUUUAAGUGGUUCGGGUGCAAAGACAGAUGGGCGUGCAAUGGAGAAGAUUGAUGUUAUGGGACUUUUGACUGGACUGAUUGCAACUGGAGUACUGUUGGUUAUAACUGGAUUACUUAUUUAUUAUCUCUGCCAAAGAAGAUGCAAACCAAGACUGCCAGAGCAGAGAAGCUGUAGGAGGCGUAACUCUUCUAUUGUCUUCCAAAGAAAUGAAGAAUUGUCCUUAAAUCCUCACUCUCCACAGGCAGAAUCCAUAGAAUUGCCAACUUAUGAACAAGCAGUGGCAUUAAGAGGCAAUUAUGAUGGCCCACCUCCACCAUAUCCAGGCUUUUCAGAACGGUUUAAAGUGUUCAAGAAGUCUCUUUCACUUCCUGGUCCUUAAUUAAUAAACAUAGCUUUUGUAAUGGCUGAGAAUUAAGCUUGACUAAAAGAAGAUGUAUAGCUGAAAUGCUGCAGCAUUGUGCUCACUUCAGAAGCUUUUCAAAAAUGUGAAAGGGAUAUAGCUCUUCAGCAUGCCUAAGAGGAAGUGAAGUGUGUCAGGUGAACAAGGAAACCAUCCUUCUGCAAUGUGUUCUGAUGGCUAAACAAGAGAGGCUCCUUUUGUUAUGCUUUUUAGGUGUUAAGAACUGUAUUGAACUUGACUGCCAUGCAUUUUGAGCCACUCAAGUCAAUGAACUGAUAGGCCAUUUUCCCUGUCUCUUCAUGAAUACAGGUUGUAUUUUCAGUUUUUAAAAACUGCACUUGAUUUAUUUAAAAUCAGUUCACAGCAGUGAUGAAGUAUAAAUGGUAGUAUAAAAUAAAGCAAGAUCUUUGCUUUCAUCUAAUUUUGCCCAUCAUAAAAGAAAUGUCUAGUUUCAUGUUUCACUAAUGGUAUUUUGAACAAUCAUUAUGCCAUGUUUCUUACAUUAGCAAAAAUAUAAUGGUGUGACAGUAAAAUUUUUACAGUGAAAAUUGUGCCCAGCUACACUUGCAAUUCUUUUGCCAUUCAGUGCCCAUUAAAUUAGUCAUUUGGAGAAUGAAACCCGCAUAUUGCCUUCUAUCAGAGCAAAGGUGCAUUUAAUUCAAUACUCAGUCCCUAGCUGGACAGUUUACCCAUGGGAAGUUACCAAAGAGUGGAAGAACUCUUCCCUCACUGUUGUUCCUUGAUAUCUGAUAAUCUAGAGAAUUAUUACCUGGCCUUGAACAGGGAAAGAUGACUAAAUUUGUAAAAGUUUUGUUCAAGACAGUUAAGUCCAGGAAGUUAGUUUUCUUACUAGCAAACAACUUCUUAAAAAUGUUGGCCUAUGAUGUAAUUGCAGCAAUUCUACUUACAAUACUGAAAAAUGUUUUUAUACAAUAACAAUUUGAUUUACAAUACAAGGAAAUAUUUCGGUGCAAAAACAUCGUCCACAUUCUUUGAACUGAAAAACUGUUUACAUUUGUAAGAGAGAUUGAGCAAAAUUGUACCAGUUCAAUCCUGUACAUAUCCACUCAGAACUAGAGAUCAGUGAGGCUUACUCCUACAUAGGUGGGUAUAGGAUUGCAACCUAAAGGCACCAUCCAAGGGGCCGCUUUGCUCAAAUGCACCCAAACUUGGAGGUUUACAAGAUUUCUGUGCCUGCUGGGAUGAAACAGGCAAGAUAGAAAAAGCUGUCAAGGUAAUCUUUGCUUCCCCGUCUCCCAGUUUCCUGUAUUUUUGUUAGAUGGGCUUUUCAGUUUGUCUAGCAGGGACAUUCUGCAAUGGAAGGGAAUAAUGCUGAGGGGAAAUCAUAUCCUAGCCUCCCCACUCUUCCCCUUUGUCUGCUGGAAUGUGCCUUUUUUCCCCUCUCCAAAGUUGACUUUAUGACUUCAGAGAGGCAGACAUCUAAAUCCCCCUUUCAUUGUUUUGGACCUCAAAGGGUUUCUCUGAGCCAUCCUAUGAUUCCUGGGAUGCUUACUCAGGGUCUAGGAUUGCUUUCUGAAAUUAGUGGGGAAUUGUCAUUGAUUCCAAGUAUGCUAGGAUCAUUUUAUAUUUUAUAAAGUGAUAAUUUUAUUAAGUUUCACUUCAGGAUACUUUAUCCUGUCAAAGAGGAAGGACAAAACCUAAUCUGGCAUUUGGGCAAAUUGCUAAACAAGUAAUAAAUAUAUUAAAAGGCAGGUAGAGUGUUUUCAAUGUAACAUGGCCUUUGAUUGUAACAAACCCUAUGAAUACACACAGAGAAUCAAACUGGUUUUUGUCUGCCUGCCUUUUUCAUUGUAUGUGUAGUUCAAACACCAACAUAUUGUCAACAAGGAUCAGAUCCUGAAAUUAUUUUAAAUAAAUAUCUGGA